GUUCUGUAUGAUUCUAAAGGAAUAAUAAAUCAUUGAGAAUAUUGAUUCAAGUGAAUAUCAUUUUAAUUCAGUUACAACACACUCAGGUUUUUUAGUUUAAUAAAUAGACAAGGUUCUAAUACAACAAAUGAUGAGUUUCUGAAGACUUCGCAAAUGCAAUUUAAAAAGGAGCUCAAACAAUAUAUUGUUUUUUAGUAUGUAAGAGUACAUAUAAAUGCUAGCCAUAAAUAGACAAUCAGUAGCUAUUCUGUCUUUUAAGUUUUUUCAAGAAUGAAUCAUUACGUAUUAAAUAUAAGUAAAGAGGGUAGAAAAUCGAGAUGAGAAAAAAAGAAAGAAUGUUUUAAUAGAUGACAAACUAACUUUUGGCUCUUUGGAGAAAUUGGUAUUUUAAGAUUAAACCAUCAUUCCAAAUGAUUACGUUCUACCAGACUGUGAAAUCAUUUAAUGUCUCAUUACAAAACAAGUAAUAACUUGCUUAGUCUCCUUAGCAAAAGCGUUUGUCUUACUCAUUUAUUAUGUUCUUAAGUAUUCUGAAACAACUAGAUAUAGUAAUACCAAUCACAGCUAUUAAAUUGAUCAAAUAAUUCGCAUCUGAAAAGCCUAAUUGUAUAGUUGAUAUAGGAAGACAGAAGAUGGUUUAUGUACAUUUUAUCAUGGAGUUUUAGAUAUGGAUGAACAGCAAUGAUGAGAGGAAUCUCUGUUACAAAAAUGAUGAAAUACUAUUAGGCAAGGACUUAAAAAUGAUUGUUCAUUCUGUGAGAUGUAUAAAGGAGGAACUGAUAGAUAUGAAAAAGGAAGUUAACUUAUAGAAUGUUUAGAAAUUUCUGAAAGGAUUUAAAAAAAUAGAUAUUAUUGGUAUAUCUUAUUCAGUCCAACAGAUUUUGAGAAAACUUAUGGAUGCUUUUGAGGUUUAAGAAGUGUAAUAAUAUGAGGAAAUUGUAUUAACAAUAUAAUUAAUUUUAGUAUUAUGCCAUCAUUAGUUAUCCGUUGCUGAUUUUAGAAAUAUAAAAUGUUAAGUUUAUAGCCAUUUAUGGACACGAAGGAGAAUACUAUCAAUUUGGAUGCACUUAUAAUUUACCAAUCAUAAACAGGAUUAUUAGUGAAUAAGUUGACAAGUGAGUACCUUUUAACCCUAUGUAGUUAUCAAUUUUAUGUAAUUUAUCAAUAAGACUAAUGGAGAAUAUACGAUGGGAAAUACAACUACCCAAACCUCGAGAUAUUAAAGAGCAAAUAUGGUAAAAACAGUAUUAUAAUAGGAACUUGGAAAAAGAUCAAAAAUAAAUAGUUUUAAUUAAAAAACUCAGAUACUUUCCGCAUAAAUCAGUUUUACUUUAACAUCUCUGAGCUGAAAUAAGAAAAUGCUCACAAACAAACUUAAAGUUAGUGUUAUUGCGAAGAGAUUAUUAAAAAAGAUGUUUCUGAAAUACCAGACAUAACUAUCAGGGAAAAAACCAAAAUAUCUGCUAAAUCUUAUAAAAAAGCAAAUUUAUUAUAAUCACAAAUCCUAACUGAUAAAGGAUAUUAAGAAAUACAACUAGAGUAAGAGUGCAAUGCAUUUUUUUCAUGA